UAUAGAGCCCAUUCUAUUUUUGUUAUUUGAUUUGAAAAUUAUUAAGAAUUCUUACACUCAACGUGACGGUAGGUUAGUAGUACGAACUGGAAGAAUAAUAAGAAUCGAGUCCUCAUAGUGGUUAGUUAAGAGAGGAGCCUGUCAGCGAUGAACCACACCAUCUCUCUCUUUAGGGGCAAGUUCAUUUCAUAGCACUUUCUAAAAUAUGGCAAGAACGAAAGAAGCAGCAACAUCGUCUGUACGACAGCGAUGUCGUUGGAGUGCCACUUCAUUGACAAGCAAAAAUCUAAUAGGGAAAAAAUUUCAAUACAUAACGACCAACGGCGAACGGAAAAAUUAUAUGAUUCGGUCCUACAACCCGAAGACUGGAAGGCACAGUGUCCAGAGGAUCAACUGGCGACAAGAUGGAGGGCAUCACAAACCGAAGGAAAUCAUCCUGGAAACCCUGAUGCCCAACAUCAGCUGGCUCAAUGACGAUAGCCAAAGAUGGAAAGAAAUAAAACUUGCUAUUGCACGUGAUUUUCACAUGAAAAGGAACAGGAAUGACAAGAAACCAUUGGAAAUCCCGACCGACAUCGUGCUUCCAAAAGAAACUAGGCAACUUGGCGAACGAGUGAGACGAAAAAAAUUGUAUGAACCAGUGAAAAGGACUGAGGUUUUCUCAGAGAGGGCCAGUUCUAAACAAGAAGAAGGAAUUCGACAGCAGGAAGGAGACCUGCCGAUAGAUUCAAAAACAUUCGCUGGAAAGGAAAUAUCGAAUUAUUCAAAACAAGAUUGUUUGGAUAAGAUAAUUCAGACGAAACAACAAUACCAGAAGACAGAACUAAGAUCACCAGUCAGUGGGGCAGUUUCAGAACAGAUGCAUACAAACGAAGACAAAAAGCAGCAAUCUUUGAAACGAAAACGAGACCAACCGAUACACACUAAAGCAUCGUUCGAAAUUGCGAGUCAGACUAUUUCAGAACAGCAUCAUUUCGAGAUAGAAGAAGAGCUCCAACAGCGAAAUUUAAAGCGGCCGCGAUCAUUGAACUUCAAAGCAACAAUAGGAACUAAAAGCGACACCCUCUCGCAAUCUGCGAAUUCGCCCAGAUCGAACGAUUUGCGAUCAUCAUUCUCGAAAGUCUCAAAUCAGAACAAAUAUAGUAUAGAUGGUUCAGAUUCAUUACAAUCGACUGUCAAAAUCUCUUGCCAGAAUACCGGUAGGGUCUCUCCAGAGGGUACCACGACCGAGAAAAUGCGAAUAGAACAAAAACAAAGGAGCUACAUUGAAUGCCACCGUAUCAAUAGCGAUAACAAAUAUGGAACAACGAACAACGAAGAUGAAAUGAUUCGUAUUUUAAAAGAAUCUUCUGUGCGUACUACUUCUUUGGAGAUAUCUGUCAAUACGAUUGGCUCAUCAAACGAAUCGGGACCAUCCACACGAACAUUCCGAAAGCUGCAUAAAAAAUGGGGCUAUUCUGGGGUCACGUUGAGGGUUGCUCCCAGCGACCCAUCGAAUCCUUGGGAGGCACGAUGUGGAAGGCCCCAAGUAGUCUCAGGGCUCGGAAGUGCCGUCAUAGGUCGAUUCAAAAGCCGGGAAGAGGCCGCAAGGGCUGUCGAUGCGGCAUUGCGACAGUACGGUGGAGUUAAAGAUCUGCAAUUUUUGAAUUUCCCCACACCAGAAGAGCUUCGUUUAAUGAAAUCAAAUACACCCAAUCAUUGCGAAGGCGCACGCCAGAGCAUAGAAACCCUUCGGCAAAAUCUGGUCAAAUACGAAAAAGUCGGUAAGAUGCGCUAUUGUAAAUCUGAAACAGAAAGAGAUGUAACAAAGGGCCGUGAUGAGAUACUACGAACAGAUGUUGGAACGGACGGUAUUGUCCAAUUGAACGACAUUGCGAAAGGAAAGACACAGAACAAAAAUCGCAAGCACAACAAGAUAUUGACUUCAGUUGAAACCACCAGCAUCGCAGGAGUUGACUCAUCUCGCAAAAAGACCCAAAGAGAGAAUUCAAAACAAAAAGAAAACAAGAUAUUGAAUUCCCCCUUAAUUACAAGCGUUGGUACAGUAGUGACUGGCUUAUCUCGAAAGCAGAAUCGAAUUGAGAAUAUAAAACCAACAGAAAAGAUCGUGUCAUCUACAAAAGAAAAGAAAAACAAGACAGUAUCUUCGGCUGGAACAGCCAUUAUUGGUACUCCAAGAAAAGGCUCUCCUCUCUCAACACAAAACGACAAGCAAGUUACUUCUGCUGCAACCUCCAAUAUUGGUUCUAUAGCGGGCCCGUCUCGAGAGCACGCGCAAAAAGGGAAUGCAGUACAAAUUGAAAAGAAGCCGCAUUCUAUCUCUGGAACCGCCAUUGUCGGUGCUACAGAGGACGACUCUUCGCAGGAACAGAACCAAAUUGGCAAUUCAAGACAGAAGGAUACGCGAUCAAUGUCCGCUACAAAUGCCAGUAUUGAGGAGGGUUCGGCUCGAAAGCAGACCCAAAACAAGGCUUCGAGACCGGAGAACAAGCCAUUGCCUUCAACUCGUAGUACUAGUAGCGCUGUUUCUCAGGCAGACUCAUAUCGAAAAUCCACGACGGCGAAACCAGGAAAGUCUAUUUCCACUGUAACGGCCGGGGAUCGAAUCGCUUUUGAGUUUUCAAACGGUGUGUAUUUUGGUGAGAUCAAAGAAUGUGACACAAAUCACGGUUGUAGGUCGAAAUGGAGAUGGCAAGUUCUCUUUGAUGAUGGCGAGGUGUACGAAUUUGAUGUCAACGACAUGCGUAAAAGCAUUGCUUUGCACAAGAGGAUCUUGGAGAAAGAAGUAAAUAAUUGGAAAUACAACGUGGGGAAUCUUUGCGUGGGAGAUCGAAUUGCGUAUAUGUUUGGGAAUGGCGUGCACUUUGGAGCCAUCAAGGCAUGCAAGGCAAGCGAUAAACCUGAGAAAAAGCGUGCAUGGACCGUACUGUUUGAUGAUGGCGAUGUCGAAGAGUUUGAUUACAAAAAAAUGAAGAAGAGCAUGGCCGUGUGCAACGAAAUUCGAGCGACGGAGCAAACGUUUACGAACGAAAGUAACAAAGAUCUUAAUCAAAACAGUCAUUGCAGGGAUUCGCAUGGCGAAGAAAAAAACACCGUCAACGAUUCGAAACGAGAGGAAAAACUGAAGAAACUCAAGAAAGAUUUCAUGGCUCAAAAAGAAAAGAUAGAGAGACAACUUCCAGAGCGCGUUAAGAAGCGUUUCUUCAAGGUUGGAUUUGCCCAAUGGGAGCAGAGAUACCUUCCAGUCCUAUUUCUUGGGCCUUACGACAUUUCUCCAGGGGCGAUUCGCAAGCAAUGGUUGCGAACUUUCAACAAUCGGGCUAUCGAAGAUGACAUCCCCCAAAUCGUCUUCUGGUUCGGGAGCGAUGUAGACGAUGGCUUCUCAAUUCUGCCCGAAGCGUACUGUCUGUCAUUCAAAGCAGCGAAAACUAAGGGAUUAGUCGCAAUGAAGGGUGGCAAUGGUUCGCUUGCCAGAGACUACAACAAAAGUCUCGCAAAUCUCUUUGCGGCCCUCAAGAAACCGAUUGGUCCGGGUAGAUUACCGUUUAAGAAACUCAAGGAAAAACACGAACGUUAAGCGAGAGGAGUUUGCUUCAAGCUCAUCGUGACACAAAACAGUGGGAUCUGAACCGCUUUUUCUAAACAAUCUGUGUUCGCCAUCAUUAGAGCUCACCUUCGGGCUGUUCGAACGGUAGUAGUCUUUUCCGUAAAUUGCAGCAGGUAAUCAAAGGUGAUUUUUUUCUUCGUAGAUCCAGAAAUCCUAUGAUAUUACAAGCGUGCAUAACGAGCUUGUCGUUUUUUGUGUCUACCAACUACCUGGGUGACAUAAAAGUGGUACUACAAUUGGUGGGUAGCAGACACUUAGUACACCGACAGUGUACUACUUGUGUUUGGGCCCAAUGGAAAUUUGGAUUUGCACCUUCAGCUAACUGCCCCAGGACCUGCCGUGAUAGCACCAUGAUUGAUUCUUCUUUUUUACUGGAGCUGCCUUUGAACUUUAGGAUAAUAAGUUUUGAAUCAAGAAGAAAUCCCAACAAGAAGAAGACCCAGAUAGAGAGUGUGCCAAUUUUUGAUUACAGAAUUCCAGUCCAAUUUAGUUUAAAAAUUGAGGUACUGCAAGUAGAAGGUUUCAGGGAUAAUAGUACUACUACCAGUAGUACUGCACUGCACUUUGUUGAAGAAGGUAGUACUAGCAUUACUAGUAAAUACAUUGAGAUUUCAUUG